ACAGGUCGAAUCGAUGCGGCCGGCCGGCGCGCGUCCAUUUUGGGUCUUUUUAAGCAGCCAAAAUCGGCCGUGUCUUCGUGCCGCGGAACCUGUGCCAGCCCUCCGCUGGCGAGCACUCGGCAACACCAGCGCACGACCACGGCUGCGACUGCAUCCGUCGAGCACAUUCCAGGCAGCCAAGCCUGAGCCCAGCCGGACCCGCGCCGAGCGCGCACGCGCAGCGGGCCCUCCGAGCAGCCAGCACUCCCCGAGACGCAGCCGACGCGACAAUGCCCCAAGUACAGCGGAGGUCGGUCGAGGGCGACCGCCCCGGCGGCCCCAAGAAGUCGACGCUGGCCACCAUACAAGCGAUGGAGCGGGCGCGGGAGGAGCGAAGGCAGCAGAUGGAGGCCCGCAAAGACCGGAAGGAGCGCGAGAAGCUUAGUAACGCCGAGAAGGGCGUUGUUGGGGAUGUCGACUUUGUCAGGAUGAUUUCGGCGUGGCGCGACGCGAAUAAAGACCAAGCGAAGCCUCACGCCACGUUCUCAACCAAUGAAGCCGAGAAGAACGCCGGCGGUGCUAUAUGUAUUUGUGUUCGGAAGCGACCCAUCUCGAGACGAGAGGUAAACAACAAGGAUCAUGAUGCGGUGUCCUGUGUCCACCCGUCCGUCGUGGUCCAUGACUGCCGGCUACGAGUCGACGGCAUCUCCAAAUACUUAAAUAAUCAGCAGUUCGCGUUUGACCACGCCUUUUCGGAAAACGAGGACACGGCUGAGAUUUACAGGUGUGUCGGCGGUCCAUUGGUCGAAUUUGUGACCAGGGAUGACGGGCGGGCGUGUAUCUUCGCCUACGGCCAGACGGGGAGUGGUAAAACAUAUACCAUGGAGGGCGUCCAGGCGCGGGCCGCGGUGCAGGUGUUUCAGGAGCUGUCGUCGGAGCGUUCAGUAGGUGUGUCCUUCUUCGAGAUCUAUGGCGGGCGGUGCCAGGACCUACUACGAGAGCGAGCUCGGUUGCAAGUGCGAGAAGACGGCCGCGGCGACGUGCACGUCGUCGGUCUCGCCGAGACGCCGGUCGAGGAUGCCGAAAGUCUCUUGGCGGCCAUCUCGCGAGGGAAUGAACUACGGACGAAGCAGAAGACGGAGGUCAAUGAUGCCUCAUCAAGAUCACAUGCGGUCUGUAGAAUAUCAAUCCGCGACAAGGACGGCAAGCAGCGAGGAUCAUUAUCUUUGGUGGAUUUAGCGGGCAGCGAACGGGGCCAGGACACGCGAAGCCACAAUAGGCAACUGAGGACGGAGUCCGCGGAGAUCAACAAGAGUUUACUCGCGUUGAAAGAAUGUAUCAGAGGCCUCGCGACGAACGACGCUCACGUCCCCUUCCGAGCGUCAAAACUCACCAUGGUCCUGCGCGAUUCUUUUGUAAGGCCUCGUUCUAGAGUAGCGAUGAUCGCCUGCGUCGGUCCUAGCGUUUCCUGUACGGAUCAUACGAUAAAUACGUUGCGAUACGCCGACCGCGUCAAGGAAAAGCCCGCCACGCAACUCUUGAAUGCGGCCGCGGCGUUGCGGGAGCGGAACGAGGAGCCCAAGGAGGUCCCGGCUCGUCCUCCUCCUCCUAGAGCGCAGAAGCCUCCAGCGAGGCCGCCGUCGCGGAAGCCCGUACCUCCGAAAAAAGCGGAGGCCAAGGAGGUUCCCAAGCGAUCAGAGGCGAAGCGCGGCGCCAAGGAGGCACCGAGACAACCGAAACCGCGGGCGCCGCCUCCGCCCGCGCAACCCAAGGAACGGCCAACGCGGCAGGACGACUUGGCGUUGUUGCAUUCUACCCUAGAACGGGGCCAGGACGUCGCGGCAUUACAUAAAACGGUGGACUCCUUAUUCGAGGCCGAAGAGGCUUUGUUAAAUGCGCACAUGACCGUGAUCCAGGAGAACGCGGAAUUGUUGACCGAGGAAGGGCGCAUGCUCCAGCAGGUCCAGGGCGGCGACGUCGUGGACUAUGACAUUGAUACUUAUGUGGCGCGCCUGGGUGCGAUCUUGAAUCGGAAGGCGGAACAAAUAGCCGCUCUGCAAGGGCAAUUGGCCGGGUUUGCUGCCAAACUAAGGGAGGAGGAGGACCAGUCGCGGCUGGUGCGGCGCAUGCCGAUGUGGUAGGCUUCCGCGUAAUCGGUCCGUUUUAUUA